CACAUUUAUAUAUCCCCCACUUAUUUCCAUUCCAUUUCCCAAAACUUCCUUCACAUACUCUGAAUUGUUUUCAACAUUUUUCUUGUUCACUAUCCUAAUGUAUCACACUCUAGAAAUCACCAUUUUAAACGCUGAAAAUCUCCACGUGAAUAAAAACUCCAUAAGCAAAAACGCAUUUGUUUCUCUUUGUUCUGAUUCAAGCUCAACCAAUGAAAACUGUUACACCACCAAAGAAAACUCAGAAGAAUGUGGUGGUGGAAAUGGAAACUUCCUUUCAUGGAAUGAGAAGCUUUUGAUAGAAGUGCCAUUGAAAUCAAGGUUUAUAGUAGCUGAUGUGAAGUACAAAACAUCAUGGGGAAAUGUUAAGAGUGCUGGAAUGGCGAGAAUACCGGUUUCGGAUUUGUAUGUGCGAGAUAAUCGAGUUCAGUUUUUGAGUUAUAUGUUAUGGGAUAGUAAGGUUAGGAGAAAUGGUGUUAUCAAUAUUUCAGUGAGGGUAACAGCAAUGGAAUAUUCUUUUCCGGUGACCGGAGUUCCGGUGGCUGGUGAUGGUUUCACAGGGAUUGUAACUGGGAUUCCAGUUUGGUUGAGUAAUAUUCAAAGAAAUUAUUAAUGUGUCACUAGACCUCUUUUACUAGUCUCAUGUUUUUGGGAGUGUAGAAAUUUUGCAAAUUAAUAGAGCAAUUUCACAUCUUAAUUUUA